AUGCCAAAGGACUAUUCAGUUGAAAUUCCAAUUGAGCUGGCCCAUGAAAUACAGUCGUUCAUAACACACGUGAAGGCACACGAGUACUCAGAAUGCACCAGAAAAGCAGAUGGGAGCAGCACAUUCAAGGACCUAAUCAAGAAGUACAAGUACGAAAUGGGACUCACGUACAAGUUGGAGUAUCUGAAGACGUAUGCUGAUAUAAUGAAGAUUGAGGCAGAGAAGGAGUACAAGAAGAUGAAGGAGACCAUUGCUAAGGACGAGUUGAUCAGAAUAUGCGAGAGAUUGAAUGAGAAGGAGACACAAUAUGUUGACACAGAAUAG